CCCGAUUCUUCUUUCCAGGGGCGAGUUUCGAUCUUUGUUUUGCUACUAGUUCGUACUCUGAUAAGACUGAUAAGCUCGGGGUCUCUGUUUUUGUCCUUGCGCACAGGGGGAAAUUUUUUGGAGAGAUUGAUCGGUCGGCCAUGAAGAAGGAAAAGAAGAAGACAGACACGCGGAAAAAAGAAGAAUAACGAGAUGGUGGAAACAGCAGCGUAGGCUCGGUGGUUCGUGGUUUUCGUCAACGAAAGAAGGCCCGGUGAAUAGAAGGAGCGAGGAGAAGAAGAAGAGAAAAUAAAAGGAUGAAGAGAGCUCUGAGCUAUGGCGGAGUGGAGGUCGCGAUAGAGACUCCCAAGCGAACAAGAGAGAGAGAGAGAGGAGAGCUGGAGAAAUAAAAAUGGUGGUGGAUGGAUCGAUCUCCAUUCAAGGCUUUUAAUUUCAUGUGUGGAAAUGGGGACAACCCUGAAGUAAAUGCCUAAGUAUUGCGAGUGUGGUGUUUGGCCUUCUCCCGUGUGGCGCAUCGCGGGAGCGCCAUAGGUAGAGGAAAGCGGCGAUCGAUCCAUCCGGGGGCCCGGCGGCGGCGAAUCGAUUCGAGCAUUGGAAUUUGCUCGCGGCGCCAGAUCGCGGGGAGGGAGAGGGAAAAUUCUUGGCGCUAGGCUACGCGUCGCGUUUAGGGGCGCGCGAUUGUGGCUGCCUGCCAGAUCGGCCGAUCGUGAGGAAUCCGCAUUGCCAGUGACGGGAUUCUUCGCUCGCAUCGACAUGGAUCGCAGCUUCUCGCCGUGGAAAGGAUGCCGUCGCCAGUGUUACAGUGGAUGGUUCUUGGAGGAUGGGAAUGCUUAGGCGUUGCCCAUGUCUGGUUUCCUCUCCAAGAUCAAGGCUCGUCUCGAACCAGGCCAAUACUCCACUUUCAAGGAGCCGGGAUGGGUACGAGCAGCGCUGGAGGAAAACACGGACGAGCAACAAGAGGAGUCGGAGGACGCACCGCCUCCUCCUUUGCUAGUGGAUUUGGUGGAGCGGAUGGAACGCGUGAGUCUUGAUUCUUCUCCGGUCGAGCAUGCGGCAGACGCAGUAUCCGAUCGUGACAACUCGUCACCUCAGAACGCGUCACAGGAAAUGUGGGAGCUGGACAAGUUCGACAGCGUGCUGCCGGAUGGCUUUUUCUCGAUCAUUCCCCACGAUAACGCGAAGGUUCGCCGCCCGACGCUUCCUAGUGUGGCGGAACUACGCGAUGCUGAUUGUGCGAUUUGGGAUGUUAUCCUGGUGGAUCCUAGACGGGACAAAUUGCUUGUCAGAUUGAAGGAGCUUUGCCUUGAGAUUGUCAAGGAGGUCGACCCGAACAGUGCAGACGCCAUUCGAAGAGUUGCUGGCAUGGUUGCGGACUUCUAUGGUGGUCCUCUCUUUGAAACAGGCUACUCAAAGGAGAUAAGCUCAGACGCGGGUGUGACUUUGCUAAGUCAAGUUAAAGUAGGUUUGUGCCGUCCACGUGCGCUGCUAUUCAAGUACCUUGCAGAUGCUAUUGGACUAAAGAGCCGUCUUUUGAUGGGUUUGCAACUGGAUUCUGUUCCCAGCACGUCAUUGAUAUGUUCGAAUCCAAGACGACAUUUGACAAACGUUGUGCAUUUAAACGGGAAGGAGUUGCUUGUAGAUGUGAUGCGCCAUCCGGGACUCUUGAGAUCCUUCACAGUUAAAGCUUUAGUCAUGUACCAUAUUUCUGGACCUGGGGAUAGCGAUUCUACAGAGUACGAUUCGUGCGAUUCUCCACUCGAGCCUAACAGUCCUCUUUUUUUCGGUCCACCUGAAAGCCCCUCUCAGAGCGAGCCGGACGUGAACAACCUAUUGUCCCGUCAUAACCGGAGGAAAAGCAUGUCUGAUGACCGUGGGAACAAAUCAAGUCCUGAACUUCCAUCCGAAGUAAAGUAUUUUCAGAGGAGACAUAAUAUGGUGGACGGUGCUCGAAGUUUUCCCUCAAGGUGUCCAGAGCAUCCCCAGGCUCGCCUUCGUUCUUUCCGGCCUAUUAAAUCUCAAGACGGCAGCAAUUCGAGUAGUCCAGAAACCGGUGUGAGAAUACGAGCACCAUCAAUUUUGAGUGGUAGUAGAAGGCUUCCCGAUGAAGAGCGAACAACAAGUACAUCCAGUCCUGAUAAUUCUCCCCAGCAUGAAAAUAUAUCGGUCUCCAACUUUAGGAGGCGUUCUUCGUCAUUCUGCGUUCGAGAAGCUGAAAGAAUAACCAGUUCUUCGGAGACUCGAAGAGUUAGGAAACGAACAAAUGCUCCUGAAAUCAGCGAUGACGUAGUGAGGGUCGUGCGUGCUAUCAACGAGGUAGUUAAACAAGGGAAAAAAGCGAGCGAGCAGGAAGCUCAAGCAAGACUGGAAGAAGCUGUUAGCGAACCGAAUUCAUUAAAGCUGUGUGGAAGUUCAUCUUCUACACAAUCGUUUUCUAGUGAUCCGGCUAGGAUCUCUAGAGAUUUUGGAAAGGAGUGCGGAUCCUCUACCUCAAUCAAUGAACUCCUUCCAAAUCAUCCGAUAAUGCCGUACACAGAGUGGACUAUUAACUUCACGGAGCUACGUAUCGGCAUUCGUAUUGGGAUUGGAUCUUUUGGUGAAGUCUUUCGUGCGACUUGGCGAGGUACGGAGGUUGCUGUGAAGGUCAUGCUUGAGCAAGACCUUACACGAGAGAACACCGAAGAUUUUUUCAACGAGAUCUCUCUCUUGAGCCGGCUACGGCAUCCUAAUGUCAUCUUGUUCAUGGGAGCAUGCACGAGUCCUCCUCACCUGUCAAUGGUUACCGAAUACAUGCAUAUGGGCUCACUCUAUCGCCUCAUCCAUAUGAGCGGACAAGGAAAGAAGCUAAGCUGGCGAAGAAGACUGAAAAUGCUACGAGAUAUCUGCAGGGGGAUGAUGUGCGUCCAACGCAUGAACAUCAUCCACCGGGACUUGAAGAGCGCAAACUGCUUAGUGGACAAGCACUGGUGCGUGAAAAUAUGUGAUUUCGGCUUAUCGCGGCUCACCACCGGGACUCCUAUCCAAGAGACGACUGCCGCUGGCACGCCCGAAUGGAUGGCUCCGGAGCUCCUUCGCAACGAACCCGUCUCCUACAAGUGCGAUAUAUUCAGCCUGGGAGUGAUAAUGUGGGAGCUGUGUACUCUGAAGAAGCCGUGGGAUGGUGUCCAGCCUUUACAGGUCGUACACGAAGUCUCUGUGAAACGAUCCCGUCUGGAAAUUCCUCAAGGCCUCCUUGGAAAGCUCAUCGCUGAUUGCUGGCAAGAGAACCCACAGGAGAGGCCAAGCUACGAUGAAAUACUCACUCGUCUCCACGAGUGUGAGUUUUUGCUCGGCUAGAAAGGAAAUAUCUUUGCUCUCACAGUUUUGGUCCCCUUUUUCCAACAUUGUACAAUUAGUGACGAAUAAUAAACGCGGCAUAUUUUUCA